CUUCUUCUCUGACCUGGGAAUGCAAAAUGGCGGCGUCUGUGUGCCGAGUCGGAAGCACCGUGGGUCGUGUCCUCGCCAAAACCCGCAGUCCCCUCCUGCUGUCUCUGAGGCGUGGACAGGCCUCGGUCAGCUAUGCUCAAAGCCUGCUGGGAGCCCCUGAAACCUGUCUCACUGCCCUGGAUAAUGGAUUGAGGGUGGCGUCAGAAGAGACGGGACAUGCUACAUGCACUGUCGGACUGUGGAUCAGUGCUGGCAGUCGCUAUGAGAGUGAAAAGAACAACGGAACAGGCUUUUUCCUGGAGCACAUGGCUUUCAAGGGAACCAAGAAGCACCCUCAGUCAGCCUUGGAGCAGCAGGUGGAGUCUAUGGGUGCUCACUUGAGCGCCUACACAUCCCGCGAACACACCGCAUACUACAUGAAGACCUUGGCUAAAGACCUCCCUAAAGCUGUGGAGCUUCUGUCGGAGGUGGUGCAGAACUGCUCGCUGAGUGAGGCAGAGAUUGAGCAGCAGCGGAGUGUUGUGCUGCGCGAACUGGACGAAGUGGAAAACAACCUGCAGGAAGUUUGCCUGGACCUUCUGCAUGCAACUGCCUUCCAGGGUACUGCUCUGGGCCACAGUGUGCUAGGACCGUCCAACAAUGCCAGAACUCUCACCCGUCAGGAUCUAGUGGAAUACAUCAACAGCCAUUACAAGGCUCCCCGCAUGGUUCUGGCUGCAGCUGGAGGUGUGAACCACGAGGAGUUGGUUGGUUUGGCCCAAUCUCACUUCAGUGGAGUGUCUUUUGAGUAUGAGGGCGAUGCUGUUCCUGUGUUGUCGCCGUGCAGAUUUACAGGAAGCGAGAUCCGUAUGCGUGAUGAUGCUCUUCCGCUGGCGCACAUCGCCAUCGCUGUGGAGGGAGCCAAUGCUGCCAGCCCAGAUAUCGUGCCUCUCAUGGUGGCCAACGCAAUCAUUGGAAGCUAUGACCUCACCUAUGGUGGCGGAAAGCACUUGAGCAGCCGUCUAGCCAGCCUCGCGGCGGAGGAGAACCUGUGUCACAGCUUCCAGGCAUUCCACUCGUCCUACAGUGACACCGGCCUGCUGGGCAUUCACUUUGUGUCUGAUAGGCACCACAUUGACGACAUGAUGCACUGGUCCCAGAAUGCCUGGAUGAACCUUUGCACCACAGUGACUGAGAGUGAUGUAGCUAGAGGCAAGAAUGCUCUGAAGGCCAGCAUGGUGGGACAGCUCAGUGGAACAACACCGAUUUGUGACGACAUCGGAAGACAUAUUCUGAACUACGGACGGCGCAUCCCUCUGGCUGAGUGGGACGCUCGUAUCGACGCCGUGACCCCUAGGAUGGUGCGUGACGUCUGCUCUAAAUACAUCUACGAUAAGUGUCCAGCUGUGGCAGCUGUCGGCCCCAUUGAACAGCUGCCUGACUACAACAGAAUGCGCAGUGCCAUGUACUGGCUGAGGUUUUAAAUUACAUCGUGGUGUUGCUACGUGUCUGCUCCUCAUCCUCACAUUGAGUUGUCCUCGCAUAACGAUCGUCCACACAGACAGCCAUCAAUCCACUCUCUCCCCAGACUGACCCCCUCUUAUCAUGCCAACUGCUUAAGCACAUGAGGGUGGCAGCUAACUAGUGUGAGUAGAAAUCAUGAAUUUGUAACCUUGUUUCAUCUGCAUGACCACAGCAGCAGGCAAGGAGUUGUGGAGAGUGGGUGGAAUCUACUGUAAUCAGGAUUCAGCACAUCCUAAAUACAACUAUUGUGGGGCAAGAGUAUAUUUAUAAUUUCUGUAAGAUUUGGUUCUGUCUUCUAUUGUACAUAACAGAAGCUCUCAUUCUGCCGAAAUUAAAAACCGUAAAACACUG